AAGCUUUUACAAAUUAUGAUGCAUUUUUUCAACUACCCUCUUCUUCAGCACUUCACAUGGCUGCUGCUAAUGGGCACGUUGAUAUUGUGGAGUAUCUUAUCCGCAAUGGAGUGGAUGUAAAUGCUUCAAACAAUGAGAAGAAUACUCCUCUUCAUUGGGCUUGUCUCAACGGGAAAAAAGAGGUGGUAAAGGCUUUGAUUCUGGCUGGAGCUACUGUAAGUUUGCUAAAUAGCUAUGAGCGCACCCCAAUGGAUGAAGCUGUUGCUAGGGGGGAGAUGCAGGUUGUUGAUGCAGUCAGUGCUGCAGUAGCUCAGGCUGAACUACAGGGAGUUAGUGUUAAUUAGUACACAGUGAUUCCAUGCUGCGGUAAGCUUUCAAACAGGCUUUGUGUUUGAAUUGCAUGUGAUGUAUUUAUUUGCAAACGAAAUUCAAAAAACUAUGGAAAAAUUUUAGAAGAACAUCUAUCAAUGCAGUGGAAAUCUGAAUCAAGUUGUCUCCUGAUAUUUGUAGGCA